AAGGAGCAGUGAUACGGUACCGUUAUUUUGAACGCGCCAAUGAGGGCUCGACAAGACUUUCGUCCAAUCAGCGCCUUGCCUGUAUGCUUUAAAAGUGGGCGCUGAAACGCAGUGGAGCAUUACUCUCUUCGCUUAGUUGUAAGUGUUUUGUUAAAAUGGCAAGAACCAAGCAGACUGCUCGUAAAUCUACUGGUGGCAAAGCCCCCCGGAAGCAGCUGGCUACUAAGGCUGCACGUAAAAGUGCUCCGGCUACCGGUGGCGUGAAGAAGCCUCACCGUUACAGGCCAGGGACUGUGGCUCUGAGAGAAAUCCGUCGUUAUCAGAAGUCUACCGAGUUGCUGAUCCGCAAGCUACCUUUCCAGCGUCUGGUGCGAGAAAUCGCUCAGGACUUCAAGACGGAUCUGCGCUUCCAGAGCUCUGCCGUUAUGGCGCUGCAGGAAGCGAGCGAGGCGUAUCUGGUUGGGUUGUUCGAGGACACCAAUCUGUGCGCCAUUCACGCCAAGAGGGUGACCAUCAUGCCCAAGGACAUCCAGCUGGCGCGUCGCAUCCGCGGAGAGCGCGCUUAAAGUUGAGCAGGCGGCUAUCAAGUUUCGGAAACCCAAAGGCUCUUUUAAGAGCCACUUCAUAAGUCCUAGAAAAGCGAAAUCUCUAGGUGGUGGUUCAUCAGUAUAUACACGAUUAUUAUUGCGGGUGAGGGGUCUAGCCAAGCUUCCGUAACUGCAUGUUUUCCCCUCAUGGUUCAUAUUUCGCAAUUAUGCGUAUGUUCUGUGUGUUCGUAUAGCACUCUAAAAACCUGUGGUUGCAAGCGUUACACGUGAC